CCAGCACUAAAAACCCUAAUUCAUGGACCUUGAAGCUCCCUAACAAACCAAUGAAGUGGGUUGACGUCCAUAGCCAGUUUUCACAAGCACUGUUCGUCUUUCGUGGUGAAAACUGGAAACCCUAAUCUUGCUAUGGAGUGCAGUGGGGUGGAGCUUCCGUAAUGGGUUUAUAGGUCGAGGUCUCCCCCGCUGAGUUUACAUGGAAAAGGGUUUAGCAUUCGUGCAAUUCGUGCUAGCUCCAUAAAUCUGUAGCCAGCGUGUAGCAGAACAUGGAAACUGCAAUACCCAGAUGAAACCACAUUAAGGCUUCAAACCAAUUCGAGGGGUUCAGAAAGUGAUUGAACUUUUUUGCAUCACGCCGCGUUUGGAAUCUUGUUGGAGUAGCUCUGGUGUCGGAUUUUAGCCUGUAUGUCGCCUUUGCCUACAGCCCCCAGGUACUCAUAACGGAUCCUUUUAGUUCUGUCGGAAAACCCUAAAAUGUUGUCAGAGUUGAUGUACUAUCUCCUGAGAACCACCUAGCUCUCCAUCACCACUCCAACAUUGUGCUGAUGUAGGCUUUCAUGGGAUCUUGCCUUUUUGUCGUCGCCAAACCCUAUAUUGCGGGCCUUGCUUGCUGGUUCAGGAGUCGAAAUUCCGAGAAACAGAGUUUGUGUUAAUUUGUGAGAGUACUGUCAGAAAUGUGAAGCGCAUAUCAGGAAGAAAUUAGUCGAGAUGGUGAACAAUGUGAAUGGAGUGUUUUAUGCGACUUCAUACCAUCCAAUUCAAGCCGGCAGCAUUGACGGCACUGACAUCACAGCGCACGAUAAUGGAGUUUAUAGAGCACUGUUGGCAUCCACAACUGGCCUCUACGAUCCUCUCGGAGAUCCUAAUGCAAAAGGAGACCCAUAUUGUUCUUUGUUUGUGGGCCGACUUUCAACCCAAACUGAUGAGAAGUCACUCCAUAAGGCUAUGUCAAAAUUUGGCAGAAUCAAGAGCCUCCGACUGGUUCGUCACAUAGUGACAGGCGCUUCCUGUGGCUAUGCAUUUGUCGAGUUUGAGACAGAGAAAGAAAUGUAUAUGGCGUAUGAGGGUGCACAUCUUUCUAAGUUGGAUGGAGCCAGUAUACUUGUGGACUAUAAUCGUCAACAAUUAAUGCCGGGAUGGAUUCCUCGACGUCUUGGGGGAGGUUUGGGAGGGAAAAAAGAAUCAGGGCAGCUCAGAUUUGGUGGCCGAGAUCGCCCUUUCAGGGCACCAUUGCGACCCAUACCACACGAGGAACUUCAAAAGUUGGGUAUUCCACUUCCACCUGAAGGCCACUACAUGACUCGCUUUCAGGUUCCGCCUCUACCACAGCGAAUGCACAGCACAACCAGUGAGUACGACAAUAGGUCCAAAUUUAGUGAGUUGAGACACCAUCGCGUAAAAGAUGUAGGCGGUAGGGAGGUCAAUGAACAUGCGUCCAAUAAAGGCCAUGGAAGUGAAUCUGGAGAAGCAAGAGAAAGAGACUGGCACAGGCGGCGGAGAGUUGAUCACAGGGACCAUGAUGAAGCAGAGCAGUCUCGUAGCUACCGAAAGGUUAUGGUUGAGGAUCGUGGCCAGGAGGAGAUUCCAAGAGAGUCUAAAUACGAAGGUUUUGAGUUCGAAAGCAAGAGAUCAAACCCUAAAACGUUUAGAGAUGACCAAAGAACUGAGGAUACACAUUAUGGUGAAGAGGCGAUUGAACGGAAACGUAGAAGGGAGCCAUCUCAUGCAUCGCACGAGUAUGAGGAAGAAAGGAGACAAAAUAAAAGGCGGCAAGCAGAAGAUAGUAGGGAGCACUCAGCGGAGAGAAGUUGGAGAUAUGACCCACAAUAUCGUGCGAAGACGAACCGGAGCUCAGAUUACCAUUCAGAAAAGUCAUCUGAAUGGAGAGAAGCAGAAUCCGAGCAGUCUCGUAGUAGAAGAGAUACCGAGCGUUGGGAUGCUCAUGGUCGAGAUCUUGAGCCGAGAAAUCGGUGGGAGGAGCCGAGUGAUCACAAGAAACCCAGCAGACACAGUGAAAAGAAGCAUCGACACAGUGAGUCGACACACCAACAUAGAGACAGAGACCAAGGAUACCCAGAAGAAGAUGGAAUCAAACGUCACAGAAGUCACCGUAAGCACAAGCACAGAGAGCGGUCUGUAGAGGAAAAGUUUGACAUCGAAGAAAUGGAGAGGAGAAAGAGUAAGGAUCGAUAACAUGGCAUUUUAGUUUUUCUCAUUUCGUGCUGUUAAAACUGAGAUUUAAGGUAAUGUAUACUGUGUCCAGUGUUAGAUGCUCACGCUUGGUGAAUUUGCCAGGAUUGAAAGGAUUUCUUUAUAUUGAACCUAACUUUGUUGCAUC